AUGGCAGCAGAACCAGAAUUGCUUAAAGUAAUACGUAGGAUUCAAUAUCCAAUACCUCAAUUUGCAUUAGGUUCACUACCAGCUAUAGCAACUGUAGGAACAACUCCAUAUGAUGGUUUGCUGGCCAAAAUUAUGUGGCCCGUUGGUCAUCAUGCUAAGAAAAUAGAACCUGAUGAAGAACAGAAAAUUGUUAUAAAUAAUUGGGUAUCUGAAGCAUCUUUAUUAGAUAGAUUGUCGUCAAUAGUGUCGGCAUAUUACAUAUUAGUUGGCAUAUUUGCAGGAAUAACUAAAGCGGCAGGUCCGUGUAUGACUGAUAAUUCAUUACAAGAUUGGCCAUAUAUCCCAUUGUUAUUAAUUUGGACACUACCUGCAAUUUAUGUUAGGAUAAUGAAGGGAAGAGUGGUAAAUAAAGUAUUAUCAGAAAAUCUAAAAAAUAAAAUAACUGUAAAAAAUUAUACAUCAGGUGAAAUUAUAACGAUAAGAGCUCAUGCUGCAAUUACCGCUUUAGCUUCAAUAGCGCUUCCUUGGUUAGCUGUUAUUAUAGCCUAUUUCACUCGCCCGGUCGGAUUUUUCUGUCGAAGCAAAUAUCUGACUGUGAUAUGCUCUAUAUGGUCGUUCAACAGUAUUAUUGCUUACAUUUGUCAUGUGAAAGGAGAAAAGAAUGAAUAUGGUCAUUGGUUAAUUCAUACAUGGUUCUGUGUUUGUGGUGUUGCUGUGACGGUAGCAUUAAUACUAUUAAGUUUGCUAGCCAACAUAAAGUCAUGGUGGAUAGAUAUAUUUGGCGAUGUUUGUAACGUACCACUUGUAUGUGAAUAG